AUGGCCUCUAGUAGAAAAGCUCUAUCCAUUUGGAGGAAUCUAAAGGCAGACGCCGACGCCUUCACGGCAGGUAUUGAGCAGAGAGCAGGAAAGUGACACCGUGUUCAGCAUCCAGCAGCCGAGUCUCCCAGCACAACAAACCCGCCCCCGUCUCUGUGCAGCGGCCUGCUUCAGUCGCCUCCGCUGGGCUACAUUUGUGAUGGUGACGAGCCCUUGGUUACAAAAGAAACUCUUCUUCGCUGGAGACAUUAAAGGGAUGCCAGCAUGUCUCAUUAUCCCACUGCCUCGACAGUACAAUAAUAAUAACCUACUCUUGCAGUGAGCUCUGUGUUUUUUAAGUCCACGACUUCAUCACACGGCGGCAACAAGGUGGAAAAUAUUGUCAGCGAAGGUUUGCAUGGAGGCUGUGCAGCAUUAGAGAAGCUCUGAUCUGAGAGAAUACGCCAGAAUAAGGCGAUGACUUCCUUAUCGAUAGAUUGACACUCCGUCUUAAAAAUAAUAUUGAUGUAAUAACAAUAAUAGAAUUAACAGUUUUUAUUCUACGCGAGUGAUAUCGCAGGAUUUCCCGUCUUUGCGUGCGUCUUCCGGCUCUUGCAGCUUUUAUUCAAAUACGUGAACAUUUGGCGUUUACUGUAACCCAACCUGGACCCUGAAGGUAGCAACAUCCACCGACAUCGACGCUUGCUUGGGCGUGUGGUUCCAUCAGAGUAAAACGGGGGGGGUCCAUCCAGGUCAUUCGCCCACAAAUGAACACAAAAGCUCCUAGGAGUCCCAGUCCGCGCGGCUCAGCCAGCUGUCCGGAGCUUCAUCUUACUCAAAAUGGAUUUUUUUUUUGUUUUUAUCUCCAAAGAGGCUGUGACAUUCCGGGCCACCGCGUUGACAGUCUGCUGGGCUGAUCACAUCCAAAUACACCGGGGUGCAGUCCGCGUACGUAUCGACAAGUGCUUCCUCUGUCGCUGAUCUACAGAACAUACGGACGGUCAGGGAAGGCAGGGUUACUGCGCACUCACCUCCAUCACGUGAGCGCAGAUCAGCGUGCAGGGCGAAGAGGGAGGAUACUAGACUCUGUAGAGACGAAGCUGAAGGGGCGUGGUUGCAUUGUGGGUGAUGAAGUUUCUUAAGGAUCUCCUGCUGACCUACAUCACUCUGGCAGCUAUUAACAGUGAUUAACUGGCUUUAUAUCAAUACAUUAGUUUGAGGAUUAUUGUCAUUCGCGAUAUUGGCCAGCUGAAAUACAGAUUAACAUCUAUUUGGUCAUGUAAUUGUAAUGAUGUAUUGCAUAGCAUUGUUUCCUCCUUAGGUUGUUCAUGGGUCAAAGGUCAGACUAACAGCCCUGUUGCUGGCCAGUUUCAGGUUCACGUAACAGACAUUAACCAGCACCAGCUAUAACAAAAACAAUCAGUUUUAUAACAGCUAAGGCUGACUUUCAAAUCCUGAUGUUGAUCAUACACUAUAAAAUCCUCCUUUUGGGUAAUCAUACCAAAGCAACACACCAUAAUUUGGCCAAUUUCUGGAUAAUGGUGCAAGAUUUAAUUUCAGGGGAUAAAAAACAAGACACUGACACUGAGCACAGACACAAGAUUAUGUAGGACUUUGAUGGAAAUCAAUAAAAUAAAAUUUGUUUUACCCAUAAAAAUAUAAAAAUGUUUCAGAAUCUGUUCUAAUUUAAUAUAAAUUCAACCUAACAAUUUUCCAUCAAUUUUUAAGCAAUACUGACCUCUGGUGACAAAUUAGUGAAGUUCAGUGGCUCUAUACUGAUAUAUACACAGUAGGGUAGAUCUAUAUUGAUAUUAAAGUAUGCCUACUUCUAUGUACAAUUUUUGAGAAUUACAGUACUGAGAAAAAACUUUGAUGGUUUACAAAUAUUUGAAAUGUUUAAUGUUCCAAUGUAUGUCCUACUCUUGAUAAUGACUAGAUACUAAAUUUUGAUUACACAAUUGAAACGUGAUAGACAUAAAUCUGACGCUGUAUAUUAUGUUACGGCUGUAUGUUGGUUGUGUGUGUUUUUCCCCUUCCUCAGUGCUGCACAGGUAGAGUCACAAAUCGGCUUCACCUGCUCUAAAGCGUUAAAGGCCCAGAGCUGCCUGCUGACCGCCAACAGCAUUUGGUGGGGGGAACUGCUGCCCUGCCUUCAUUUGUCUUGUGGAUACUUUAUGUUUAGUUAAUUUGUGUUGUCUUUGGUUAUAAUAAAUCCUUGGUAAACUUUUGAAGGUGUUUGAUGUUACUUUAUUGGGUCAAAAUGUGGGUAGUUGUUAGCCCCAUACAGCCGCCCUCAGUGGGGCAUAACAAAUGGGGGCUUGUCCAGGAUAGUACAUCAAUGAGGUUUGUUUUAGCUAUUAACCCAUUUUUUAAAAUCUAUUGACCACAUUUGAAUUUGGUAGUCUUAGGUUUGUAAGGACAUCAUUAAUUGUUUGCUUUUCCUUUAAUUCUAGUUUCUGAGCAUUUAAUUUCUAGUUCCUGAUUAUUUAGACACUGAGCAGGUAAGAGCUUGCCACUUUACUGUUUUGCCUUUUCUUUUCAAUACCCUUUGCAAGAAUCUUUUUUUUUAAAUAUAUUUGGUCAAUAAAUAAAGCGGGCCUAAACUGCUGAUAAAAUUUCAAUCCUCUCAGACCCACAGUGCAUAACAAUAAAUUAUAAGAAUAAAACUAUAAAAGUCUAAAUAUAGGAUAAACAACUAAGCUAAACAAAGACUACCUUAACUACUCACAUCAAUUUACAAAAUAGAGAUAACGAUAUAAACAGCAUAACAGUAUAAACAGUGUACAGUGUAAAUAUAAGGAGGAAGGUGAGGGGAGGAAAGUGAAUGUUAACAGUAUGGCAGUGCCAUACAAACAAAAGGCCAAACAAAUAAAGUUGAAUUUGUUGUUUCAUUGUAGUAAUAAACAAUACAAUAAUCUCUCUAGCUAAAAAUAAGAGAGAUAUUAUUCAUCUUUAUAAACCAGAAAAGGCAGGGAACUGAUAGUGUUUACCAACCACAAGGUAGUGCUAUUGACUAAAUAAAGGGAGAUGCACAUUGAGAUCUUGGUCAUGCAGCGUAAUGAAUAAAAAUAAUGCUUUUAUACUGUUUUUUUUCGCCAAUAAGUCCUCUCGGCUGGAGAUUACAGCUCCUGUAUUAUUCAUAGUAAAGCUCAUAUUUAUUAGAUGGUCAGUAAAACGAUGCGUGUCCACAGGCUCAGCAGUGUGGUAGUAGUAGUCUGCCGCCCCCUGCGUGUUACUAUCAGUAGGUUGCGCCAACCGUGUUUGCGCAUGCGCAGUGACUGUGCGGGCGCAGCUUCGCCGUGGUUUCGGUGAGCAUUCUUGACAACGUCUCGCUCAGUGAACAAGCCUCCCGACCGUCGGCUAAGUUGUGUUUCCUAAAUGACUGGAAAUACACUUUAACGGAAUAGGAGCCGACUGAAAACACCGGAGCAGCGUUUAAAAGUAAGGUAAGGCAAACUCUUUGGGGUUUCUCUCAGCAGUUUUAAGUUAGAGUGCGGGGGAUUCAAAAGGAACUGGAAAACGAACUCAAGUGAAGUAAACGUUAGCGAGCACCGCAAACACCGAGAGGCAGCCGAGCCGAGCCGAACAACUUCAGUCAAUGCAGGGAGCUUUACUACGGCUCAACCUCCCGUAUGAGUACUAACUAAAACCGUUCACACCGACUCUGUGCUCUACUUCCACCUUCGGCCAUUCAACAGGGUACGAAAUUGCCCUCAAAUGUGCCUCUACCCGCUAAAAAAGUCUUAACUAUCAAUUAUUCUACAACCUUCCUGUUCAUUAACGUUUCAGUGCGCAUGCCCACAUCGCUUCGCAGACUUCGGAUUUGUAGUUUUUCGUACCUGAGUUAAUCGCAGUUGAGAGGGCCAAGAGAAAACGGUAAGACUACAAGUUCCAGACAAUGGGAGCUUUGUUUGGGGAACAGGGCUAGCCAUUUAGUUAGCCUGUACGAGCUUUGAAUUUCGAGUAGCACAGUUCUGCUGCAAAUCGGAAGUUGCCUCGGCUGAAGAUAUGUUGAAGAAAGAGCUGCGUGGGGAUUGUUUUGGUUUGCCUGGUCACACUCAUAUCUUGAGUUUUUUUUUCUAAGGGUUAAUGGAAGUUUUUCUGUGAUUGGUCGUGCAACAUGUUUGAUUACAUGUGGUCUUGGAGGUGCAGACUCUGUUCAGCUGUCAAAAGACGUCUGCACGCAGUGGAUUUGCAAGUGCGUAACGCUUGUGGACAUAUAUCCGUGUGUAUGUGCGUGUACAGUCGAGUGUGCAUACUGAAUGGGGAGGUGAUGAUGCCUCGGCUUGUCGUCUUCCUUUCAUAGUGAUCCCCCCAUGCUGCUGCUGCUGCUGCUGCUGUAUCCCCCAGCCCUCAGGAAAUGACACGUCGAAGAUCAGGAUGAUGGAUCUGUCGUGCAAGAGCAGCAGAGCAUGGUAGCACUGCACAUAUUCUGGCCAUCAUUGACUCUCAUUCCCUCCCAUCCGGAACUAAAAGAAUAAUUAUAACUGGGGUAAAUCUAAGAGUGAUUUGUUGCUGGCUAACCCGGGUUAUCUCACGGUUUACCUGAGUGUAGAACACAGCAAUGCCCACCCUUUGCAAUACAGUGAGAAAAUAAUGCGUUUAAUCUUUACUUUGUGCGGGAAUCAGAUCUGAAACUGUUUUGAACUGUGAGGUUAUGGUGAAUAAUACAGUCAAGGUCCACUCUAAUAUCAAUCUAGUUUCCUUUGAUCAAAUGCUGUGCCCCAGACUGCAGGAGUCAGUCACACAAUGUGCCUUGUUUAGAGUUUCCCUGCAGACAUUUCCAUCCUUUAGUUUGUUAAAAUGUUCAUUUUCAGGAUUUCACAGCACUUCCGUCCCCUAACUCACCUAUCUCUCUGCCAUAGCAAAACUGUCGCUUUCAAUUGAUUUUUAACACAAAUUGCAGUUCACUUGAAUUUCAACACGGCUUAAUCUAUGAGUGACAGCAGCAGCAUGCUCCCUGCAAGCUGUUCAUGUUUGAUCUAUUGGAAACAACUGGAGCCUGUGAUUUAAAAGUGAUAAAGCAAAACUGCAGAAAAAAACAUGGACUUUGGUUUGGUGCAGUUAUCAUCUUCAUAUAAAAUGAUUAUGUUAUAAACAGACAGUAGUUUUAUUAUAGAGGUGUACUUUAUGUGGACCUUUGACACGUUGUCAUGUGGUGCUAUUACUGUUGUGUUGUGACACAACAUUUUCACAUGUAUCCAAACAGAAAUGACACCAAAAAAUGACACUCCUUGUGCACGUUUUUAACAUUUUUUAUAUAGAUUAAGCCAAAUGUACAUAUGAAGUGCUCUAAUUUCUUCACUGUCAAUCAAAUUUCAUGCAAAGAAUCGUUAAAAUUGGCCUUUCUAACUUAACAAAUCCUACAUUUGUGAUUUUCUUAGUCGUGGUUUUGUUUGAAAAAGUGUGUCAGUAGAUUUGCUCUUGAAACCUUUUAAUAUGUUUCAUACCAUAGAUUCUUUUCGGAUCGUGUUUUUCCUUUUGCUGCCAAGCGCCAACUACCUAAUUGUUGAAACUCCUGCCAGCGCUCUAAUGACUGUAUAAUAUCCUUGAUUGUUUGGUUGCUGGAAUUUUAACCACUGUAUCACAUUAUCCACUUUUAUUUCCUUACCUGCGUCAUAUAGUUGCAAAACACCCAAAUCAAAUUAUCUUAUGUUUGGCUUCUCUGGGUAUGAGAUAAUAAAUAGUUGUGUGUAUGAUCUUGGGGACAUCGUCAGGAUUUCUGCUCGUCGUUUUUCUGUAACAUAGCACACAUCUGCAGGAACAAAGAGUCUUGUCUUCAAAGAGAGCCGAAUGUGAGCCACCUGAGUUAUUUAGCCUGUAAACAUUAUGUUGAAUCACUGUGUUACAUCUUGGCAGAGAUGACUCAUAUGUUGCGAGAUUUUUCUCUCUGUUUCUUACUCUGUAGAAGGAUUUUGAACUCACACUCAGACAUGCAGUCUUGGGUGGGAAAAACAUGCUCCCAACUACAUCUUGUGAUGUUAUUUAGAUACAGCCAAGAUUUAGUUUCAUCUCCAGCUCUAGUCAAAGUUGUUGUACCCCAAACUGUUCCUUUGAGCGUCCUUGUUAAAUAAAGGUUAAUAGAAAUGGACAAGUGUAUGCUUUCACAGCGUGCAGGACAACACAUUCAAGCAUCUCAAACAUUCAUCACAGUCACUGGGUGUAUCCUGAUAGGUCACAAAGAGAGAGAACGAUGCCUUAGGCUACCUUAUGCCAUCUGGUCUAUGUCAAGGUGCACAGUGAUGGCUGCGUGUGUGUGCAUAAAUCUCUCUUUUUUAAGGGGCUUGAACAUGCGGCAUAGUUUUAAAUUUGAGCUCGUAGAUUCCAGUCAUUGUGUGACAGACAGUCAUUUUUCAGCGAGCCAUAUCCCUCUCCCAUCUCUGUUUAUUGCUGCUUCACACUGUUAUUGGUUUAUACUCCUUUAAAUCAACACUGACGCAAGUUCAACCCAUGUUAGCAAUUAAUCUCAGAGGGUUAGCACACGUCAUCAAACCUGGGCUCAUAGCCUCCUCCUAGCUUGCACCAAAUGCAGCGUUAAGUAUUGGCCGUGUGGGUUUUACAAUUUAUGUAAAUAUUUCUGGUUAGAUUUUAAAUUUAUUGAAAAUUAAUUUAUAGAAAAACUGAUCAGGAGGUGCAGAUGCCUAAACUUUCUCAGUACCUGCUAUCAGGUGAAGCAAAAGAGAUAAAGAUUAUUUGGUAUCAUGCAAAUAAUGUAUUCAAAGGGUUAAAUACAAGGUUAGGAAAAAGAUUAAAACAACAGAAAAAAAAACGUCAAAGAUUAGAUUUGAACAUACUAAACAUAUUUAAUUCGCAUCUGACAUAAAUUCACAUGCAAAUCAUAAAAACAGCCCCGUUAAAACUGGUCGAAUUAUAAUAUUUACAUAAGUUCUUAUUUUUUGUAUCCAUAAUCAGCAUUUUGUAUACUGAGACAGUGAGACAGCAGCACAGAAAGCAAGAGUACAGGUUACGUGUGUGGGCAGGGGCCAGCUUUGAUGCAUACAAAAACUGAGACGAUAUUUUGUGUUAAAAUUAUGUAAUGUUGUGUAUUUCCAUGUCACUCUGAGAGGAGCUGUGAAUGUGUUCGACACCACAGUGGGAGAGGGGAGCUUGUGUGAACGGUGAGAGAUAUAUCUGCCCAAUAAAAUGCCUAACAGGGGCCUGAGACGUUACAUGUGUCCUUAUAAAACGCUGGGCAAACAAGAGCCAGCUGGAAAGCAUUUUAGUGUACAGGUCCACUGUUUACAAUAAGGGCAUAUUGGGAUUCAAGCAGUAUUAUUUACAGUGGUGAUUUUUUUCCCUGAAUCUUAACUCAAGCAAUGAACCUCUGACAACAGUUUUAUGUAAAUAGACCAAACAGACGUCACGUUGUUAGUCAGAGUGCAGGUGUACAAUCCGAGAUGAAAUAGCACUGGACAACCAACGGUAAUGCAACACGCUCCCUCCCCACCCUGCUCUUUUUGAUCUAUUCGCCUUCCCUUGAGGGUCGUAUCCAUAAGUCACCCCCUAUGACUGUGUCAAGAGGUCAGAGAUUUACAGAAAGAGGAGAGCCCUACAUGUUUUUUGAAAUGAGUCUAAGCUUUACGGCCUACUGUGCGGCUAUAAAGCAUUUUGCUAGGUAGGAGUUGAUCAAGGCUGCCUCGUCUUUUCAUGUUCUUUUCCUCACUCCCCCAAAGGCCGUAUUCCCUGAAGGUGUUGUUAACCAAUCUCUGUCUUCCUCUUAGGAAAGAGAGGAUGAAUCAGACAAUUGCUAACUGUUGAUGCUGCCAGUAUACUGUUGUCGGUCAUCCACAGAGGCUAGAGUCUUCUCCGUUUUAGCCGGUCUCCAUAUUCAAUGUCCAAAGCCGUGUCUUUCCUCUCCUGAUUCCUCUCAGUGCUGGGUAUGUUUGGCUGGGGUAAAUAUAGCUCUGUUGGUUUGAGCACAAGGAUAAACACAGAUGUUGAGGAGGCCUUUUUUGCCACAGGUCGGCCCGUGUCUCCCCCCUGGUCAGCAGUGGUAGCAGACAGAAGAGAGUGAGAAGGACUGCCUCCACAUCCAACCACAGCACACUUAAACAGGGCUAUUGGACUUAACACUAAACUUUACACAGGGUUAAAGGAGAUGUAUACAUUAGCUACAAAACAUUUAGACAGUCUGACAAAGUGCUUGUGCAUAAAGAGUGAUUUACACAGGCCCACAAUGGGCGUCCAUUUAGCAGGUUACUGCGGGUUAGGCCGCUCUGCAGACUUACAAAUGGAUAUCCACUUAACAAAAAGCCUGUACUUAGCUCAAAUACUUAGAUUAGUGUUUAUUGAGGCACAAAAUUUUCACGUAGAAGCCUGCAAGAAAGCCAGUCUCUACUGUUUGGGUUAUUUCACAAUCCUCACAACUGAAACCAAGGACAUAGAGUAGGAAUCGCUGCAGAAACUGGCUGCAGGCCUGCUUAGUCCCUGAGCAGCACUGAAUGUGCUCAUUUCCAUAACAUUAAGAGCUCUUAUCUGUUACUCUCCCCCCUUUUAUAAUGUUUCUCUCGGGCCUAUACGCCUCUUUCAAAGAGGGACUGAUGAUGUUAAAUGGUGUUUCAGUGCUCUGCUGUAAGGGACUGUUGCUGAUAGAAGAAGCACAAAUCAUGCAUUAGAUCUCUGGGGAACUGGCUUUGUUCUAGAGACUUCCAAAGCAUUCAGAUACACAUCCAUUAAUGCGAAUUGUCAUGCAGCUGAGAAAGGCGGCAGCCACCAUUCACUCUGUAAUGUCUCCAUUUCCUUUUUUUUUUCUUGUACAUCUUGUUUCUCCUGACAAGAGAGUUGAGCUUGUCCUCUGCUGUCAGGGGAAAAGUGUUGUUACACCUGCUUCAAAUCUGUCCUUAACUGAAGCUUCACUCACAGAGUGGACAGGUGGUGUGUGUCUGUGUGUCCGUGUGUGUGUGUGAACAAAGAGCUCUGUCAUACACCAACAUAGCAGAAAUGCUCUGGAAAAAGGAAAUCCGGCAUGAAGGGAAAAGAGAAACAGCUGAUCUCUGUCUGUCAAUUUUUAUGGACUGAGGAGGAGUGAGUUAACCCUGUGAGCCUCAAAUACACACAGGAUUGACCAGCACAUGCAUCUGUCCAUGUCAAGUCAGAAACAUGAAGAAUCUGUAUUAGAGUUUUAACUUUUUGUCAAGUAGAUUAGUGUUACUCUGCGGGUCAAGACUGUUAGUCUGACAAAGCAGGGACAUUAAGGUGUUCAUCUCUGAGAUUUCACCCACUGAACAAAACAUUUACAGAGUAAGAAACAUUUGACAGACUCCUUUUGUCUUUUACUCAAAGUAUGUAAGAGAAUAAGUGGCUACAAAACUCCAAAUACCUGUUAUUGAGACAGUCAGUUUGUUUUAGAAACUCGCAUAAAACAAGACAAACAUUUGAUUUUACUAAAAAUGACACUUUCUGUUUUCGAAGUGUAGACAUUCAGGAAUGAAAAACAAACAGGAACAGUGUGGAAUAGAUGUCGUCAGUCCGUUGGGUUUCAACAGAUGUCUGCGCUGAUGAAGCUACUGUAAGUAGCAUUAUAGAGGAGCUCAUUUAUGGGACUGGAGAUGAGGCUGUGGAGUUCAGCUAAGGCUAGGAGGUGUGAUGCCAGCUAGGUACAUUGUAGUUUCCAAGUACGUCAUUAGCCUACAGAAACCCUCAUUUUCACCAAGCAGGAAGGCUGGUUAUUGAGAGCAAUGAUAUCACUCAGUACGUUUACAUGACACUCUAGAAAACCGAAUUAUUGCCUUACUCCGAUUAAGAACGGACAACUGAAGUGCAUGUAAACACGUUUGUCCAACUAUAAUCGGAGUUUGAGAACUCUGAUUGGAAUCGGAGAACUCUGAUUAAGACACUCAGAUAAUGCAAUUAGAAUUUGAUUUUCUCUACCAAGUAACCAGCCCACGUAGCGCAUCCAUCAUGUACGACAAAAACAACGCUGUACGAUGCUCCAUCUUCUUGCUCUAAAAUGCCCGGCAGCUGUUGUAGCCACUUCUGACGUCUGGCACGGACCUGCUGUUGUUGUUGACGGUUGUAUGGCGUCGGAAAUAGCGUUGCUGAAAAGACCCAUAUUGGCCCCUAGUUUUGGGUGGAAGGACACGCUUACGUCAAUAAUUCAAUUUUCUCAGCUGCAUGUAUACGCAGAAGUCUGAAAACGACUUAUGAGCUUGGUCCAAUUAAGCUCUGCAUACAAAAGCACUGAGUGAUUUUGUGCUUCAUUUCUUUUUGGUUGGUCCUUGCUAUAUUUCAUAACUUUGUUAAAUGACUGAAGUGGAGACCAUUGACAGUUUUUUUUCCUGGAACUGAUGGUUUUUGGUUCUUACUGGCAGAAUUAGUAAUUUGCUUUUAUCGUCUCAACACUUGAAUUCAUCUUAACACAAAGAAUUCUCAAGGCUCCAGCGAUCAAGUGACAUUUCAGCGAAAAUCUAAUGACCGGAUGUUUGAAAUCAGUCAUCGAGAAUGAGGAAGUUUGAACCUCUUCAUUUUAGUCAAUGGCCUGAAUCACUGGAUCAGCAAGCGUCUGUAGAGAUUCAGCCCACUACGUGUGAACAAUGAGUCAAUUCUUCAUUGUCAGGGAUGUGUGUAUGACCACAUUUUUGUGUCUUUUCUGAAGAGUCACGAAAGCAUCUUCAAGCCCCCAGACACCUCGUGUGAAAUUCCAUCUGUGUUUUAUUUGGAGGAGCUCUCUCUCGCAGACCUCUCCGCUCCCGCUGGCUCUCUGUGCUCCGAAUUGAAGGUCAAGCAGUCACGCAGGAAGUGAGUAUGUGUCGAGGAGGAUGCGAGUGUGUGGUGGAGAUGAGUGUGGCGGUGAAUCAGACAGAAGGCGUGAGGGGGGAGAGAAGUGGGCUCAUACUACAGAGAUCAGUCACAAAGAGGAAUGACCAGUUCAUAACUCGUGAGUAAAAUCAUUCCUAGGGUCUGAAGAAUGUUAACACAAUCAUGAAGCAGCUGGUAUUUUGACCUGGACCUUCAUAUUUUUCGCUCAUGCAUGGUUGGGACUGUCCAGUAUUUGCUCAUCUCAAUCCCUAUCACAGAACAGCUGCCCAGACUGAAAAUAAAAAGUCGGAGAAGGGUGUGUAACUGCAAACACCAUCAGGAAACAUGUAGAUAGAUUUGCACGUUUCCUCUUCCCUGAGUCCUUCAGGAUGUUUUGCUUUGGUGACCUGCUUGUCUCUCGAAAACACAGACAGAUAAAAACACACUACCUCCUCUGUGUGUUUAUGUGUCUGAGCUGGACAGAAUGAGUUUUAGAAAUGUUUUCAGUUUCCCUGAGUCCUCUGUAUGGAGUUUUUGUGAAAGGACAUCAAAAGUCAGUGUGUGUUUUGUGGUAUGUGUUUAGGGAGGCAUGCAUAUAUCCACGGAGCCGUUCGGAGAGGCAUGCAUACACACAUAUGGUCUGUCCCACCCAUUUCCUCUUCACAGUUCAGAUCUCCGGUUAUGGCUGCUGACUGUGGGGACAUUGUUUUUAUGUUAAUUGAGAAGAGCAUGUGGUCAUUCCAUGAAUGCCUCUUGGCCCACUUUUAUGGUAUUAGAUCAAAAUGUGAUUUUUUUUCUCCCCCCUUUCCUAAUUCCAGAUCUGAUUUGAAACUGGGACAGAGGCUAUUUUAAAGGCUAUUUUCACACAAGAUAAUUUGGUCCACUUUGUACAGAUUGCAUGGUCUGCUAAGGUUUUCAAAUUGUUGCUAAGGCAGGGCACUAAAUUUAUGUAUGUGGGUUAGAAAUUUGGGAUUUAAGCUGAAAUAUACAUGUGUUGUUUUAGAGCUUUUGGUAAAAUUCUACAAAGUUUGUAAUCUACUGUGUGAGAGCAAUUUUGUACCUGCAGACAUAUAAUAUCGCUCUUAGUGGGUGUUUGAAGAAAUGAAAGGUGCGUCACUUAAAGGGAUAUUCUGGCGAAAAAUCAAGUUAGGGGUCAAACACACCGAGUUAGACACCCCUUCGAGAGAUGAAUGUUGUCUUGGUCUGAUUGCAUUUCCAUGAAGAAUUGAUCAUAAAUGUUCUUCCUUGAGCUGCGUCACCCCACAGCAGUCCGUAAUGGACUGGCCUGAGGUCUCGCUACAAACAAGCGGCUGCUGGAAGAGAGUAGGUGAGUUGUGCUUUGUCUCUUUGCUAAAGAAACCAAGCAAAGCUAAAAAGAUGUUUGGUGGCUAGUGCUGUGACUGGGACCCUAUAUGUACUGUUGAUGAAGUUUGGUGCUGUUCUGAGCAUUAUUUGUGGCUAUAGAGUGACUUUUUGUUGAGGCACGUGACUCCUUGGACCGCUGUGUAUUGCUAUCGUGGGUCGUUACUAAAGUUGGUAUAACUAGAGAAGCAAGCAGUCGGCAACAUUCAUCUCUCGAACGGGUGUUAUGGUGUGUUUGACCCUAAAUUAAUUUUACACCUGAAUAUCCCUUUAAAAGCCUUUUAGCAAGCUUUCAAAUCAAAGACUUAAAUAAAUCAGGUUGCAGUUACACCAUAGAAUUAGAGCAAAGCAGACAAAAAUAGUUUGAUAAAGCUCUUUUUUAUCAACUAUGCGUUUACUCUGUACGGUUAGAUAACGUCAGGGAGGCAGUGAUAAGUUAUUCUCCAGCAUGGCUUCUGCUGCUGUUGGCCUCCAAAUAAAGUUUCUGCUCAUCCAGCACAACACGCACACACAUCUCCCUUUUUUUGCUGAGUCCUAGCAAAGAUUGUCCCUUGGCGGCUGCAUGUGAGAACUUGCAUGCCUUCCAGUGCUGUUUAUUUAAGUGCUUGAUUAAAUUUGUAGUAUUGUAAUUAACUCUGCUGAUGACACCCUUUGAAAGACUACAUAAUAAGUGUCUCCUUGGCUGGUUUUACUCCGCAGUUUUAAUUGUUUCUGCUCUGCACAGCACUGUCGAGUUGAUUUCAGCUUAAUACCGCACUGGUGUGAAACUUGUAUCUAGUCUGUUAUUUAGUAAAAAAGAAUGAAAAAUCAAGCAGCCAUUAGUGUGAUUAUUUGUAGCAUCCUUGGAUGGUGAUACCAACUUUUGUCCUCCCUGCUGUGACACUGCAUAUGUGAGAAAGUGUGUGCGGCAGUGACAGCCUUGUUAACUGUCCCACAGGAGUACAGCCUAGAAAGCAGCAAGGGGAGAAGGAAGUGACAGAAGUCUGGGUGUUUCUGCACACAACAGUAGGGUCUGUUAUCAUCGUGGGAGAGGAGGAGACGGAUGAGCUGAUAAGGCAGAGGGGAGAGAAAUGGCUUGACAGGGGAGGAGGGACGGGAGGACGGGCGGACAGAGGGGGAGGCUUAAAGGGAGGCCUGUUGGAAGAAGAAAGCCAGCCCAUGUGUACCCUUCUCCUCUUUCACCUCCUUGAUGUGCCCUCCUUUUUCUGUCCGUCUUUUCCCCAUGACCUCUGCCGCAGAGUCAAGAUUGAAAAGCUGCGGUUCAGUUUGUCAGGUGAGGCCGCACCUGAGAAAUAAAACGGAUCAUCAAAAGACGAAGACUGACAGUAGUGGGAGUAGUUGUUUGAAGGUGAUACAAUCCUCCCUAGAGGGAAGGGGAGAGGGUGUAUCGUGUGUGAAUCUGCCCAGACAAAGCUGUUGUGUGGUCGUCUCUAGGGAGGGUUUGUAUGUGGAGCAGAUCUCCUCUGGCAGUGAUGACUACAAUUAAGAGACAACAAUGAAAAAAAGGUUCAGGGGAAGAAUUCUCUGGACCAUUUACUCUGAGCAUUAGCUAACAGGUGACUACUUGGUUUUCUGUGUUUGCGUAUGUUUGUUUGCAGUAGGUCAUUGCUAUCACCACACCCUGCUUGACCCACUUUGUUGCCCAAAGGCACUCCGACAACCACAACGCCUCCCUCCCUCUCUUAUUCACCUCUGACAUGCACUUAAGCAACCUCUCUCUCUCUCUCUCCUCGUGAACUCUUGUCACUGCUCUCAGCCUAGACACCUCAGCACACACAUGGCUGCUUCCAUUAGGCACAAUACUGCCAUGCAGCUACUGCAAGCACACACACAAACACACACACACACACUCCCACCCACCCACACACACACUCUCAUAAGCACAGUUGUCUACAGAGCUGUGUUUUUCCAGCGGUUCCCACGUCUGACUUUGACAGGAAUGUUGGCAGCCCAGCUGGGAGCCAUAGGCUGUGGAGUUUUUUCCUUCACAAUUUGUAAAGUAGAAGGUCAACAUUUUUUAGAAACACAACCUUUUAUUCUGUCUUCUCUAGAAGUGGAUGAGAAGAUCAAUACCUUUCUCAUGUGUUGAUGUUAAAUAUUAACCAGGCGCCAGCAUGCACUUAGCAUCAUAUAGCAUAAAGCCUGGUAGUGGGGGGAUACGGCUAAGAUAACAUUCUACUUCAUUGAUUCCCAGUGGGGAAAUCAGCAUAAGUUUGAAAAAUUGGGCCAACCAGCAUUUCUAAAAAUCUAACACAGACAUGUUUGGUGUUGUUGUUUAAUUCUACAUUAAAACCAACAUGUAAAAAUGGCUGCAGGGACCAAGUUCACAGGGUUUCCAGUGUAGUUAGUAGGGGUUAGAAUCACCAUUGGUCCCACAAUACGAUUUUAUCACAAUAACUGGGCCACGAUACGAUAUUAUCAUGACACCUGGGCCACGAUAUGAUGUUAACAAAAUUUUUAACAUUUUGCAAUACAGUACAGUAAAGUAUCGCGAUACAAUAUAUUGCGAUUUAUACAAAUUUUUCAACUGUUUAGCUAAUUAAGCAGUUGUCUUUCCUUUAUGUUUGUCUUAUUUACACAGUUUUUUAUUUUUAUAUAGCACGUCUUGAAAAUCUUAUAUACAUAUUGUUGCACUAACUUUCUCCUGUUUAACUUCAUGUUAGCAAUUAAUUUGAAAAAUCGAUACUUGGUCAAUGAGACGAUAUGAUAUAUCACCAGACAAAAUAUCGCGAUACAAUGCUGUUAUGAUUUUUUUGUAAUGAUUACAAACACUUUGAAAAACAAGCUCUAUAUGAUGACCAAUCAUAGCUCUUCUGUGAAGGAAUAGAGCGUGUGCUGAAUUGGACCUAACAAGGUGAACAUACAAGCAGUGCAGUAACAGAUAAACCUUAGUUAUCUUUUUGAUCUUAAAAUCUAAGAUUAAGUUUUAAAACGAUGAAGACAUGAGGUUAAAUGUUAGUCCGAGGGACUGCUGUGUGGUUGCUUUACAGUAGAUUAUAUUCCUGCUUCUUUGCUUUCAUUCAUUUCAGGAAAGAAUUAAGGAUACACACUUUCUUGACACACCUCUCUUGUUCUCUCUUUCUCUUUUUCCUUUUCUAUCCAUUUUUUUCCCUCCAAACUUUUUGUCAUUAGUCAAAUGUUUUCACUCAACACCGCAGUUGUCUGGGCCUGAAAAACAACUCGGCCAGUGUUUGCUCUUGUGAGCACAUGUGCAGCUCAGUGUGGGUGCACAUGCAUGCAUGGCUGUAGAACCACACCCUGGACUCACGCCACGCUUCAAACCAAACACGGAGAGAAAGAGAGGCGACUUCUGCAGGGAUUUAGCUUGUUGUGACAGCGCUCCGCACUAGUUUAGGCCCAGACAGUGACGAUCGCACAGUGAACAAUGAGCGGAGUGACAGCCAUGCAGGCCUCGGAGCAAUCCUUGCUCCAAGUUUGAGGAAUAAAGUGAUGAUGUUGAUACGCUGCUACAGUCCCUACUGGAGUUUCAUUUGAGGCUGGUUGGAGCAGACACACCUUCUACUCGGCUGUUAUUACUGAGCAAAUUCCACCUCAGAGAUGCUGCUGUUGGUCCAGAUGCCUGAGAUAGUUUUGAGGGGUUGAGAUCUUUAUCAGCGUGUAAAAUUCCCCCCUAACCUACGCUGAAUGAUUGAUGCUGUGUCCUAAAACUGACUGACUGACACACACAGACAUAAAUUAUCACUAAAUACUUUCGCUUCAAAGCCAAACGCUGACUGAGAGAAAGAUGGGUUUCAAAAUAAGUCGGGGCUGAUAUUGACAAAAGAUCCUGUAUCUCUUCUUCACUUUGUAUCAUGGAGUGUUUAGUGGCUAAUGAAAGAAACACACACACACACGGACGCACACACGCACGCACAUAAUGCAACUGUGGGUUAAAAGGAGCCACACCUUUCCCCUCUAAUCCUCUUUCAGUGAAGACAAACCCCUCUUUAUAAUACCUCCUGAAUCUACUGUGUUGUUACCUGCACUCACCACCUGCCUCCUAUUCUGUAGGAAUUGUGUGUGUGUGUGUGUGUGUGUGUGUGUGUGUGUGUGUGUGUGUGUGUGUGUGUGUGUGUGUGUGUGUGUGUGUGUGUGUGUGUGUGUGUGUGUGUGUGUGUUUUUUUUUUGGCUGAUUGAGGAUAUUUUUUGAAGGUUUUAUCAUGAGACAGACCAGACAAGACCAAACGUUAACACGAAACAUCAUCACAAGAGAGAAAAGAAAAGCCCGUUACACAACCACUUCAUGAAAAAUCAUAAAACAAAGUUAAUAAAAGACAAGAUAAAAGUGAAUUAAGCAGAGAAAAACAAAUGUAUCUAACUUUUUUAGAUCAUCCAAGCUGAACAACUUGCAUUCACUUACCUGCCAGAUAUUCUAACCUGCUAAAAACCUUUUCAACCCUGAAUAAAGUAGGAUCCGGUUUCACCCUUUUACUUUGGAAGGAUCGGUUUCCUGGAAAUCAGAGACUCUAAACACUGAUGUUUAUUUUAUAGAGCAGGGAUUAGCGUCUUCGGUAACCGCGCUAACUCGCUCUGUCAGUAGAGAUUGGUUGCGAGGGAUAUUAUCAAACCUUCAGCACACACUCAGAUCUGCAGUUACCUUUGAGAUCUACCUCCGCUGCUGUUUGCUCUGUUUUAAUUCCCCAGCUUUUGGCCUGCAUUCUUUGUCUCUCUCUUUUCUCACAGCACCAGUUUGUACAGUACCUUCUGCAGCUCUGUGUUUCUGCUCGGUCUCAAUGGACCUACUGUACUCUGUUUGCUCUCACCAGUCAAAGUCCCACAGGCAAACAGUGCCUGGUCUCUCUGGGGCCUGGGACUGUGCUAGAGACGAGCCAGGCCUGCCAAGAUUCAGUACUAUAGUUCCACUAUAGCUUCAUGUUACCACAGAGCCGCCAAAUGAUGCUUUUGUUAAAAGUAGGGAUGUGUGUGUCUAUGUGGGGGAGGGGGCCUUGCAAGUGGUCUUUAAGGAUUUAGAUGCUUAUAUAUACAGAGCAUGAAGAUCAAUAAAAUAGUCGCACUGAUGUUAGAGACAUGGGUGGGAGACGUGGGAAUCCUUGACCACACAGUGCAGUAGGUGUGAGAGGAAGAGCAGCAGACCUUUGUAAAACAGACACCUCUUCCUCCAGGGUGAGAGAGACGAGUUGUUGUCCUCCACAUGGUUGUAAUGACCUCCGCCUGGAUGAAGUUCACAUUUUAGUGCACGUCUAUUUCGAUUUAAUCCCUCUCCUUCUACCUUGUAUCUUCUGUGGGACUUGAGAUUUCCUCCCCCCAGCUGGAGUUGGCAGACAGAGUGAGGUGGAGGGGGGGGUCCAGGGUGAUUAUGAGACUUGGGGUGAGCUUUAACCCACUUACCACACCAUCUCAGGGUCUCCUGCCAAAACGGUGAGCUUAGUGCUUUUAAUCCUCUUCCCAAAGUGAGCUGAUAGUUUGUUGCUCGGGGCAAUUCUCUUGUCUCAAUGCAUGGAAAUAUUAUCUUCAAGAAUUUUUUUAUUAUCCACACCAGCACGAUACUUUCAUUUGUUUCACAAGUGGAUGCAUAUGUGUGUGUGAAGUUGUCUAACUGCAGUAAGUUCGGUGGGUGUGUGUGAGUUGUCAGGCAGUUUCCUGGUCAUAAACACGCCAGUGAAAAAGCUGUGCUUUGGUCUGAAGUGAGCCCCCCUGUUGGCCCUUGCAGCCCUCACAGUCAGCCAGCCAGGCAUGUUUAUUUACCCCCCUCCAGACCGGUUUGUGCUGGGCUGGCCUCUGCCCCAGGGGUCCGACUACAGUCCAGUUUGGAGUCCAUCCUCUCCCAGCUUACUGCCAGCAUCACAUGCCUGUUUUCCGCAAACUAUGCUGAGCUCCCUCCUUUAAUAAAAUGGACUCAUAAUGCCACGUUCCUCACAUUCUUUAAGUGCAGGCCUCUCACCCUCCUUUUUUUCACAUGCAGAAAUGGAUUGCACAAAGAAAUCUGGACCACUAUUAAUAAAGCCAGAUUGUUCACAAAGCUUUUGGUUUAAGAGGCUGAAUAACAUUUGAAACAGUUUCCUUCUUUGUGCAGGUGGAAACGCAAAGUGAAGAGAAGGAGAGGAGUAAGUGGGAGGGACAAGUACAGGCUGAUUCAGUGGUGGGGUGGUGCGUUGUCAGAGCAGCAGCAACCCUGUCACUAUAGGUUUUCGUCUAGACCCCCCCCACACACACACACACCUCCAGCAGUAUAAAGUCAUGGCUGAAUUGGGGUCAGCCACGCUCCCUUAGUUGCUUCCCAGUCCUUAUUUUAUCCUUCUCUCCUCAAAACAAACUCUCCUGCCGGUGUCUGUUCACAUAUCUGUCAUUCCACCUCCCUCAAAUCACUCAGUCUCACUUCCCUCUCUACCUCCCUCCUCAUCUGCGGGUGCUUCCCUGAACCCUGUAAGCAGGGGGAGGACAGGGUGAGAUUUAUAAUUAACAAAGGCUGGUUUAAGCACUGAAAGGAAGAGUUGUCUGAGGAGCGCAGCAUAGGGUGGGGAUGGUUAACAAAUUAGGCUUUUGAGACCGAAUAUCAGAUCGAGGCUGUGGAAGAAAAAGCGCACACUGAUGAGACACAAUGACUGAUUUUUGCUGUUUUUGUGUGCAAGUUUUGGCAAAGUCCAAGCUGCUUAGGCACGGCAGACCUCCACCUUAAGAGCAGCCUCUGGUACAGUGGUAUGUAGUCCAACAGUGCAUAAAAGCUCUGAUGAGGUCAGGCAGGCAUGAAGACUCAUUACCAUCUCAUAAAAGAUCUCUGUCCUCCCCAGGCUCUGUUAUCUCUGGCAAAAUUACCGUUGAUUCUCUGUGUUGGUGUACAUCCAUACUUUACUGCUCCUGCCAUGGCUGUUUGCAUAAGAUCAGAAUUUAUGAUCCAAGUCUUGUUAACAUGAAAGAUUGUGGGAUAUCCAUGUGAAAACAAAUCAUUUUUUUACUGGCACACCUCAUAAAAUCAACGCUUUUUGAAAACAGAAGUGUAGUUUAGUAUCAGUUCACACAAGCCAGGUUACCUAUGUGCUGAAGGAAUAAAGUUUGAGAGUGGGAAUGCAAAUUGCAUACAAACAGAGUGUUUGCAUCUCUGAAAACAUCCCUCCACUUUAAGGCCUGACUUGUCUUGGCCUGGCCUUGCACAGUCUGGUUGAUUUAACAGAUGGCUCAGAGCAAGUCAGUGUCGUGGCGAGAGGAACCCUGCAGUCGGACUCGGACCCUUCACCAUCUGGGCUCCAGGUGACACCAGGGUGACUUCUCCGUUAUAACUGAUAGAUACCCUCAUAUAAUAAGGUGAUACAUAAACCUUCCCCCCUGGAAUGUUCAGUUUUGCUUUCUGGCACCUUAACAUGAACUGGAAAGAAUAAUCUUAAUGGUACUUCAUAAAAAGGGUAACAAAAGUACUUAUGUACUGUAUAUGUGCUCUGUAUGAAUUCAGGUGCAUAUAGUUUAUAAAAAUUAAGCAUUUGUAUCUGACAUGUCCAAAAAAUUAAAAAAAAAUGUAACAUGGAGCAGCCGAAUUUAAAAUCCUUUUAAAAAUAGUUAAAGUUUAGUAAUCAGCAGGUGAUACAUUAGUUUAUCCUGAACGUAAUCCAAAAUGUUACAGAUUUGUGCUAAAGGUUAAUAGGCAACCUUGUAAUUAAAUAAGACUCCGGCAAGUCACGCAAUAAUCCCGCACAGAAAGCCGUAGAAAGCCUUUAAUUGUCUUUGUUAAGCUUAACUGUCUUCUGCUUUGUCCUUAUCAACAACUAUCCCUGUUUUAUAGCAAAAAGUUCUCAAACUUCCCAGAAUUACCUCAGGGAACAGACGAAUUUUGUACCUCGAUUUCCUCCCAGCCUACCAGUGUAAUCUCAGGGUAAAGUCGGGUUACGCUCGUGUGAGAAUAAGCAGGUGUUCUGUCUAGUUUUGCUGCUUGGUUCAGGAAUGCUACUGUAGCAUGAAUUGAUAGCAGAGUCGCAGAUUCAUAAGUGUGCCGUAACAAAAAGCAGAGCAUGUUUGUGGUUCUUUAAUAUGACACUGUUAUUUAAGAUUUCCAGGGAAGUGUAUGAUCCUGGUAGAUAAUGUUCAAAGUUCACAAUCACAUGAUACCCAAACACCACUCUCUCUGUUAGCAUUGUCAGAGUAAGAAGAUCAUGUGUUUAAAAUGCUGUUACAAAAUCCUUACUUAAGAUACUUAAGAGUGUCCUUACGCACGCAUAGAACCAUUUUAUCACACAUUGAGAAAGGAAGCAUAAUUUAACUGAACACCGGUGAGAACCUGGAUUUACGUGUAACAGGAUAAAAAAAAAGCAGAAUGCGGAGAGACUAAAAGAAACAUGCUUCUCCUCUCUAGUAUGUUCUUUCCUCAGUUUCCUCAAUCAUCGAUUAUAACACAGCUGGAAAUAUACGGGUCUGUAUUUAGAGAGGACAGAGCAGAAAAUAAGAAGCGAGUGUGAAGUGACAUGGAGGCCACACGCUGGUAUCAGACCUGGGGCAUAAUAGUGCUUUCCAGUUACCUCGGAAGUUAGAUGACAGAGCUGGGAAUGACGUUACACCCGAGUUGACGGGGUUCCAGUUAACAAGUCGGAAAACCAAGAUGGAGGCCUACAGUUAGCUGUUGUCAGUUGUUAGUUGUUGUUAGCUGUUGGUAGUUGUUGUUUGCUAAACCAGUUGUAAACAACGCAUAACACAGUGUUUUACUCUACAAACGCCAUAGCACAGUGUUGGACAUGCUAUGGUGGCAGAUGUUGGGCACUACAACACCACUUACUUAAUUUCUCAAAAAAAAAAAAAAUAACAGAACGGCCAGUAAAUAAUCCAUUACAAGAGCUUUCACUGUUACUCUUGACUGUUGAUGUUCUGCACUGCCAUCUUGGAUUAUGAAGUUGUCAUCAAGUCGGGGUUGGUGAGGAUCGUCCGACUUUCCGAGUUGGAAAUCCGACUUUAGGGGUGCAGUUCAGUUGAAUUUCCGACUCAGAGCUUGGAAAUUCCGACUUCCGAGUACAACUGGAACGCAGCAUAACCUCCUUAUAUGGGUUAAGUGUGUAGACCACUAGGCUAACUUUUUGACUUCCAAUAAGAUACCGAUAUUGUAGCUUUCAAUAUUGACCAGUACCGAUAUUGAUCCCAUAUUGGCACAAAAUUGUUUAUGACAAGUUUUUCACUCAGAUGCAAUGUCUUUUUCGGACUUAAAAAAUACUGCCACAAGGCCAACAACACUCCUACUCUUUUCUACUUUGUUCGUACCUUAGUACACACUGUUGUUGCUCAGCUUGCUGGAUCAGGGCGCUGCUAGAUAGAGGUGCUGGAGCGGAGUCUGGAAUGGACUGCUUGUAUUGGAUUGCUGAUAUCUGAGAUUUUAGAUGCAGGCCAAUUUAAUUUGAUAUUUGUUUUUUUGCUGAUAUCAGUCCAAUAUCUGAUAUCAAUGUCUUUACGGGACACCCCUAACUCUGUCCACUGUCGACUCAUCAGCAGAAUGACUUUGCAUUACCUCUCCAGACACAAAACAACAGCUUGGCGGAAUAACAUGGAGACAGUCCCACCUUGAACAGGCUGCAGAACAAGGCUUUAGCUUCCCUGAAUUCAGCUGAGUGAGCAUACAUCGGACAAGUGAGUUUCUAAUCCUGUAUGAGUCAAUAAAUGAAUAGGCAGGAUGCAGCUCAUCAGAAGUUACAGGCUUGUUUGAACUAGUCACUGUUUGAACUGCUGCUCUCACCUUACCAACCCAUAUGUGAUGACAACCAGCCUCUCUUCAAAGAAAUGUGAAUCGCGGUGUUUUACCAGACAAACGAAAUAUGUCACUAUUGUUUUCUUUACUCACUCACAUACAUUGCAAGUAAUGCGCUGAAGUGGGUAGUGCGGCUUUGAACAUGUGCUGCAACAUUCUGAACUCAAGUCCAAGGUGAUGUGGUGAAACACAGAGGCAGAGCCCGAGCCUGCCCUCAGUCAAUAUUUGCCUCAGUGAGUGCUUUGCCACUGGCAGGAGAACAAACUGAAACGGUCUCGCAAAUGUCUUAAACAGAGGCGCAGAGUUUCUCUCAGAGGCCCUGGCUUUAGCGUUCAAACCUCCUUCAGCUGCCACUGAGUAUGUGUGACACCUGUUCCCCAUGUUCUCCAGGUCUGUGUUUAUAAAAAGCACCAGAGCAAAAACCACAGCACUAAGUGGCUGGUGGGCGGCUGCAGCUGAAGCUUCAUUAAACGCUCAAAUGUACAGCAUUUGCGCGUCUUUUGUGGGUGUUGCUAAAGGUUUACCUUCCCUCGUGCGCCGCUGUUGUGACACACACCGUCAUCUCACACACAGGCCACCCAGAGAGUGAGACGCUCUGCUGUUUGUCACCCACUUUGUCUCCCUCUGCUCUGUCCAUCUGGCAGGCAAAGAGAGAAAAAUGAGCAGCAACUCACAGGUGGGAAGAGCUGCCUGUUCGACACAAAAACAGCGAGAGAAAAACCAGUGGAAGUCGAAGAUGCCAAGAAAAAUGGAGCAGAGUCAACACAGAGAGAUACUUAAGAGCUAAAAGGUGUGAGGGUAAAAGUGUGCGGGAUUCUGCCACACAUGCGGCGCGUAAAGAGACCGGCUCUUCUCAUUAACCAGACCUUCCACUGAGACUUUGAAGUUCGCCACAACACCCCAGUUGCUUCACAUUUCCCUCCUUGAAUUACAGUGUGGGAGCGCUCAGGAAGUUGUAGUCCUGUAGAAAUAAUGUUCAGUGUAGUUUUUGCUGACUUUUCUUUUUCAGUAUUUUGUCUUUUUUUUUUACUUGAGUUAUUUCAUUCUAAAUACAUCAGUUUUUUUAUCAGCUUUCUGCCUGGGAAAAGAUCAGCUGACAUUUACAAAAGCAAAGCUCUCCCACAGUUUCUGUUUGUACUAAGUCAGGAGGUUAUUGUGUGUGCAUGUAGGCCAGCGUGCUUUCGGUAUGGCUGCCAAAGAAACAAAUUGUUACUCCUUGCUCGUGGAGGUGUGCGGUGAGUCAUGGCGCAGCGAAACUCGAUUGCCUGCUUUGCUCACAAUCAUCCACGCUGCUGAGAUGAAGUCGUAUUUCCUGUUUUGCCAGGAGUUUCAGCAACCGGCAGCUUUGUUUGGGGGUUGUGGAUUUGGGCUGUUUGAACGUGUUUACUUGAAACCGUUCCACAACAGUGACUGACAUGUAGACACAGACAAAAUAAGUUGAUUUUUUUUUCUCUGUGAAUGACAAACAAAGUGGUGUGAUCAGUUUUUGUUUAAGUUUUUGAGGUUAGGAUGAGAAACUUUCCCAUGGGGAGGAAACUGACCUACAACAUGUCUGUUCAACACUUUUACAAACAUUUUGACAAAAAAAAAUAUUCAUAGUAGUUUGACAAAAACAUGGUGUCAAGGGUUGGUGAAAUCCACCUGAUCUAAAUGAUGACACAAACACCCUUUUGUUAUAAAAUAAAAUCUGCUAACAUGAGCAAAAUAGCCUUUUGAAUAUUGCAACUGUAACUUCAAUAUGAUUCAAUAUGAGGCACAGGACCAAGUCACUCCAGAGUUGAGUGGACAUCAGAGGUAGUGAUGUGGGUGUGGUGCAGAAUCACUGAAAUGUCUUAAUGCUUCCACUGCGCCAUAGUGUCAUAUAAAUCACAUACUGUUCUGGGAUCACGUUCCUAUCUUUCUGCACUGAAUAAUUUUGAUCGCUCUACAUGAGAAUCUCUGUGCAGAGUCUCGUCAGUAGUGAAGUCGAAGUCAGCCCUAUAAAGUUUGACUAAGUGACUGUUAAAAUAAAGAGGAUCAUAUUUUGGGGCUCCCCCUCGCAUUCCCUCGCCUUGUAUUUUCCAUGUUCGGUCUCCUGAAAUCUUAUCCCAGACAUUUCUCACCAUCCCGACCGCAGACGCAGAGAAAAAAAAGCCAAUAGAGAGAGAGAAUUUACUUCGACUGUUGAAGACAGAGAUAUUUUGGUUAAUAAUGAUUCUAAUUUAGAGAAAAUCCUUCGUUAUUCAAUUUAAAAAACAACAUUCACAGUCAUUUUUAGUGGAUCUCUUAUGAGGUGAACACAGAAGCUUCAAAUGCAGCUUUUUCUCUUUUACAAUUUUAGACUCAGGGACUGCAGCAAUAAAUAUUCAGAGGUUUGAAACUUAAGUACACAGACUUUAGCAGGAGGUACCAGUAUUUGGCUCCACUCUAGAGGGGAGAGAGGAAAAGGGAGGAACAAGGGAGUGGUAGCUGUGUUUUUAAUUUCCUCUAGCAGCUCUAAGCCUUCUUCUGCUGCUCUACUGCCUCCAUCCAGAGUCCCUGUGGUGGACUCAAAGGGGUCUGUGUCGGGAUCUCCUCGGGACAGGGUCAUGUGGUGUGGUUUCGGGGGGUUACAAUCAGUCUUAAUGUAGCGAAAGAGAGAGGUAAGCUAAGGACAGAGGAGUGACAUUUAAAUAACAUAAAUUUUCAAGAAACAAGUCUCCCUCUUUCUUUCCAAACACUUACAAACACUUAUACUUCCUGUCCCUGCAUGACAAGAGUGUAUAACUCUCUCACCAGUUGGUCUUUACUGACGUUAUAUCAACCAUACAGAAGAGUCGUUUGACAUUUACACGAAGAUCCUUAUACUUACAUUGUCAGAAAAUUGGCGUUUUGUUUGUUAAAGCUCUGUAAAACAAUCAGAUCUGUGAGUACUGUCUUCAGAGAUCAAAAUAAGUCUGAACCUGUCCUUUUUUGUCCACUCUUGUUAAAACCAUUCUAAAUACUAAAUGGAGCAUUACAACAUUUUCUAGUAUGUCUGAACUCACAUUAUCAAACGCAUAUGAAUGUGUUCCGGUGCAAUGUUGGGAAAAGUCAAAGAAGUGAUUCAAAACCACAACCUAGCACUCCUUUCUUGACCGGGUCUUUCUCAAGAUAAUUUCUCAGUGGAUAUUUGGCAAUCCAGCAUCAUCUUGUGACACAGUGGGAAAGUUUGGAGAACAAAAUGUGGUGGUAAGAUGUCUGGAAACACAGUCUUUGUUAGCCAGUAUUUACUCAUAUCUUUCUCAGUAAAACAGAUGAGUGUGACCUGGCUGUUUGCAUGGACAGUUUUCAUGAUACUACAGAUAAAAACAAGGGUAGUUUGGUUUGAUUUGGCCUUUUAAUGGGGGCUAAUCUUUGUACAGUGCUGUGGCGGUCACUGUCAAGAGUUCACAGGUCAGGAUCGGGAUGGGAAUUGAUCAGAUUUUGUUGAUACCAGUCCCAUUAUCCAUUCUGCAUAUCAAUCCAAUACUUUCACCACAAAGACUGAGACAUACUGAGUCUGAGGUAGAGCCACGUUAAAAAAAAAAAAAUUCAAGGUGUGGCAGCUUUUAUUUUGCCGUGGCAUGCUGUGGGGAAAACCUGGAAUUUAAGAGACACAAUUUCGGUACCACAUCUGCCGGUGAGUUUGUGCGAAGGCGUGGAAGUUUUUUUAGUUCUCUAGAGCAUAACCACUGUUAAAGAAUCACAAAACCACCUUAAUUUCCACAGCACUGAACAUAAAAACAAAGUGGAUUGUAUUGUUUGCUGGUAUCAAAAAAUUUUGACAACCUUACCUGUGCAUACCUUUCACUUUAUCAUCACGGAGGUGAACUUUGGCUGAGUGCACUUUGCAUUGACACUUUGUACCUGGGAGCCUUUGAGAUAAAUUUAAAUCCUGUACUGUGAAAUUAGUCCGGGCCAGUAUCUUUGAGUUCCCCGUUUUUUGAAAGCCCAAGCAAUCAGCGUUGGGUUUUGCGAACAAGAGGGAAAUUAAAAGUGAGCCUUUCUCAUUUCAUGGAGGAGAAAUUGCACUGAAUAAUCUCCAAAUUCACCAGCGGUUAAACCCUUUUUACUUGUUCUGAGAUUAAAUUGACCUUACAGUAUUACACCAACAAUAUGCCAAUGCUUCCCACACUCUGUCUGGACCUAACCACUGACUCGGCUGCAAAUCCAGUAACAGAACAUUGUGUUUGUAUAGAAAAUCCCAAAGGAGUCCAUCAUUUCACAGGCAUCAGAGGAACUGGCGGGCAUUAUUAUCUCUAUCGCUAACCGCUAUCUCCCGGCCCUGCCACUCUCAAUCUUAUCUAGGCCAUAGAGCUACACAAAUGCCGUGCAGAGUCAGAUGUACUUUUCAAGCCCAAAACUAACAAAAGUAAUCUAGCAGUCUAUCAUCAAUCUCUCCACCUUAAUUUUCAAGUGUAGUGAUGUUUUUCUGAGCCGAUAACAGACUCUGACCCCGAGUCUGAUUCAGUUGUUUUUUAUUUUUCUGUAGAGACUGAGGGGGAAAAUGAUCUGCGACAGUCAGGUUUGUUUCUGAGAGCUCAUUUAUUUCCUCAUACAAUAAGGUCCUAACUGCCUCUUCUUUCAAUGCAACCAUUCAAGGGGUGAAUCAAACGGGGGUGACGCACAGAGAGAGACUGGCUGGAUUUGUGUCAUAGGCCCUCUUUGUUUGACUACACUGUAACCCCACCGCACACACUCGCAAACGCACGCCCCUUGACCCCGUGCUCUUUUGCUUUUGUCGAUGCGUCAUGCACAGUAGGUUGCAGAAAAGAGGACAGCAGUGUCACUUCUCAUUAAUCAGCCAUUGAAAACAAGACUGAUGGAGACGUCACUGAGUUUACAUUCGUCUUCUCUCUGCUUACAGAAAGGAACGUUAGCCUUUAGCACUGAGGCUGAAGCUGUGCCUCUGUUUCAUUAUUUCUCCAGGGACUCCAAAUUCCUGUCUCAUCAACCAUGAUGGUGACUUCAAGAAAUCUUUACAUAUUAGGCCAAGAGACAGUUGCAUGUGUUGUUCUGAUCUUUUGCAUUUAUUAGCUGCAGGGAGAACUAUAUUUAUAGAUAAGAGUCGGUAAAAUGAGGUCAAUAGAGACGGAUAAAAACCUUUGAGGCCACCAUCUCGUCAGGUCACAGGAGUUCCUCAUGAUCUUUAUCAUCUUACGUCCCAAGUGAGCGUGCAAAAGUCCUACUUAUUAAUGUAAAAGUUCCUAAUGUUGUGUGGGUGGGGUGCAUGUGUGAAUAUAGGGUAUACGCGGGGUCUUAAAAAGUCUUAGAAAGUCUAAAAUCCAACAAUUUAAUUUAAGGCCUUAAAAUAUCUAAAAUUCUCUGUAAAUCUCAUAAAAUGUCUUAAAUACGAUUUUGAAAGAUCUUAAUAAAGACUGACUGAUUUAAAGUAAUGUAAAAUGGUCAGAUUUUCCUUCAUGUCUUUUGCGCUUUUUUGCCAUUAUCUAUGUAAAAUGAGUCUUAAAUUGUAUUAUGGUCUAAAAAGGUUUUUAAAAGUCUUAAAUUUAACUUGUUGAGACCUGCAGAGACCCUGGAAUACAAACAGCUGAAUCUGGUCCAGCCUUAUCUAAGACCUUUAUCUGCCAACCCUCUUGUUAAUUUUCCUCCAUGAAAUCAGGAUGAGCUGAUGUGUGAACACAGCAGGUGUUAGUCUGAAGCAGUCAGAUUGAUGUUAUUUACAUGAGGCAGAGCUCCUCUGCUCUUUACUGCACUCCUCAGUUACUUUUACAUGUUGUAGUGGUAAUGAUAUAAAAACAGUCACUGUUUUGGAGAACUCCGCCCACCUCUGCAUGUUUGUACCAAUUAGCCCCUCCUACUUAAAUCUACUAGAUUAUUCCAAGGCUGUAAGGUUGCGCUGAUGAUAACUUUCUCCCAGUAUCAGAUACAUGUUUGAAAGGGGAUUUUGAAUGUAAAGAAAUUGUCUAGAAUAAAUCUGCAGUUCUCAUAUCUAAAGGGCUUUUCUUGUUGCUCAAGUACCAAGGCCCUGUCACUGACCUCCUGCUUCAGUGUCUGAGGUGAAAAGAGUAUGAGAGUACCUUCUCAAUACAGCCUGAUCGCUCACCUCUGUUUAGUCUUUGAGCUCUUCUGACUGCAGAGUUGAACUGUUUUCUCUUUGAGUUUGUCUUGAACGUGUUCAGAUCCCGGUCUAAGCCUCAAAUCCCAUUUCUGGCUCAUUUCUCAUCAUGCACUGAUUAAAUAAUCUGUUUUUAGUGAGGUGCAUGGAGGAAUGCGCUUUAGGAAUUUUCAGAUUGGGGCUUACCCUGAGCUUGAACCUCCCUGAUCCGGUCACUAGAAGUGGUGAGAGAGACUUUUAAGUCUGUGUCUUGGCCACUGCUCUGGUCAUGGCGGUGCUGCUGAAUGAGAGCACACAUCUGUUUACAUCUGUGGCCUGCAGCUUCGCAGUGUCUGUAUGUCUUAAAAUGAUAGCUGUAGGAUAACAAGAGGGGACCUGAGACCAGGCAGUUAACUGCGACAUCUGACCCCACUUUAGAGCAAGAAAUAUUAAUAUGAUGGUCACUUAUUCCUCCACUGGACUGCUUUCUUUUGCAAAUCUCCAACCAUAGCUCCCAGUGGAUUAUCGCAGAUGAGGAGAGCAGCUCUCUCCUGCCAGAUAUAGAGUUUCUAUAAAAGUAAAGCUUCCGGAGAAAAGCCCUGCCUCCUUCCCAGCUGUUUGACACAUUUUCUCUCCUCCCGGCUGGAGGCCAUCACUUCUUGAAGCCUCAUCAUCAUUUAGCUUCAUUAGUCUGUCGCUGCUCUGAUUCGGUUACAGGAAGAGCCUUGGAAUAACCACAGACUAACACACUUUUUUUUUUCAUGCAGACACAGCCUUGUCUCUGUUUACUCGAUGGAAGUCAUUAUGAUAGAAAAUUACCUGAGAGUAUAUGAGUGGGAUGUUGUUACUGCAUCGGCAAGACCACCUUAUGUUCUUGAACCAGUGUGUUUAAUUGUGUUCACACAACUUUAUUAGAGCUUUUUCUUACUGUGUUUAGACUAGGGCCCGACCGAUAUGGAUUUUUUGGGGCCGAUGGCGAUACCGAUUAUAAGGGGGGAAAAUAUCUGUUUAUUACCGUUUAAUUGGCCGAUGUUUUAAAUUUUUUAUGAAGUUAUAAAAAAUAUAUAUAGACUGUAGAUAUUGACAGUAUACUGUAUAUUGUAGAUACACUGAAGGCUUCUGCUCUUCAUGCUGACAGGAAGACCGACUGAUCAAACUCGGACGAGAAAAGCUUUUUCAACACCCCGGCAAAAAUCUGAUCAGAUUCUCACAGGAACACAGGUGAAAGACAGGUGAGGAGAUGGAGUACAGUUCAAAAGUUGUAGCGGCUGAAGUAGACAAAGUUAAUGUGGGAGGUUGUGGAGUAGUUAUCGUCCAUUUAUCAUUAGUGAGGUGAACUGCUCAAUAUAUCAUGAUAUUAGUUUAAGGCUACAUCGCCCUGCCCUAUAACCUCAGGUGAAAGACUGCCUGGCAUCAGCUUUGUCGAUCCCUCGAUCUUGGCUUUGAUGAUGGUGACUUUUGUGCUCAUUUCUGAAUUUGAGAUUUGUGUCAGAAUCGUGUAAAAACUUCCCUUUCAGCUUGACGACUUCAUAAAAGUCUGACUGUUUGUAGUACAGCAGUGAGAGUCUUAUGAAACAGGGCAUUCUGCUGUUCUGCUUGUGCCACGGCACCAAGCAUUCGUUCGACUGCUCCUCCUGCACUGCCAGGCUUGUAGAGCAUGACUGUCAACCAUCAGCAGCUCAUCACUGAACUGCAAUUAGAGCUGUCAGCUCCUUGACUGGUGAGCAAACCUGAAUCCAACAUUACACCCAAAUAUGAAAGGGCAUGUCUGUGAUACAAUGCACAGGCAGGUGUGUGUACCCAGCUGCCUCCUGUCAAAGCAGAGUCAUAUUUUGCAUAGUUUUGUUUGUGAUGAUUACUCAUGGCAGUGAUGUCUGUGAUUCACUUGCCGCAGAGAAACAGGAACCAUCGUUCCUUUUUUUUGUAAUUUGCUAAUCUCAAAAUGAGAACUGCAAUUGUGAAAUGUAAAUAACCAUCAUUUAAAACAUUUAAAGCUCUCUUGAUGUCUGCUGUAUCUCCCCUGAGCUUGCCCUGUACACGUGCGAGUUUGUUCGAAUGACUUAAUCACAUUGCUUUAAUAUUUAAGUGCUAAAAGAAUAAUAACAAAUGACUCAUUUUGUUAAAAGAACAAGAAAAUUGUUUCAAGGGGCACUCACAGGACUAUAGCUUCAGAAAACUACUGAAUUAUUUAAUGUUAAUCUGAAGCCAAACUAUGCAGUGUUAAGUGCCGUAGCCGACAUGCAGCCCUGCUUCUGUCAGCGUAUAAAUGAGUGCAUGCAGAAAUUUGUUUCCUCCGUCGUCCAUGUGCGUGCCCCGAAGGAAAAUGUGGAACAGUAGUGGCCUACUGCUCUCCCCUGAGACAUCUCUGAGGGAGCAGCAACAGCUGUGACGGCAUAAGUCACCCCGAGGACCCGUCGCUACUGCUGCUGCACGCGUUCACACAAACACACCCAGUCUCACUGCACACGCCCAUGAGGAUAGAGGCUGAGGCCAAGGGCAGGAGCUGAGGUCUCGUAGCUUCCUGUUGUCUGUCUUCCGUUUGUUUCUACAUGAUUAGCGACAAUCCAAGCGUCUUUAUUAUAGUCUGUCGCUGUGUUUUUGUUUUAUCACAGAAGCAUUUGCUCAAGCCCUUUUUGAAAUACAUAAAAUUAUAUUUUUCCACAUUCAGAUUCUGAACACUUAACUUGCUCCACUAAAAAACGCAAAGGUGUGAAACCUGGACAAGUGUUGAGACUCCAUUCAUGUCACUCGUGUCAGGAAUUUGCCCUUCGGCCCGAGUUUGGAUCAAAGAACCAGAGCGCUCAUUCCAGCAGAAAGGUGUCGACCGGUCUCGUGUCUGACCUGCACGUCACUGCUCAGGAAUGCGUCUGGCAGUUUGCUGUACAGUCAGAUAAAACGCAGGCUGGGCCGUCUGCAGCCGCAACAGGUAGCUAGCUGACAAAAUCUAGAUGGUUAUCGAGGCUCUUACAGCCACCUGACGCCAGGUUAUAUGCUUUGAUGAGCCAGGAGAAGGGCUGUGUGUUGUGUAGAUAUCUGCGUGGGGUUUAACCCCCCCUUUUGAAUAUAAAAUAUUGUAAAUAUUAGGGCCCGGCCGAUUCAUCGGCAAGCCAUUUAAAUUGGCCAAUUUUACCCCAUUUAAGACUUAUUGGUAAUUGGCCAAAAUUCGCAGACUGUCGCCAGUAUUUUCAGAAAUAAAAUGCAGAGAAUAAGAUUUGGUUUCACUUCAAAAAUGUUCCGUCAUUUGAAAAGUUCCCCGACUUAUCCUGUAGAUGGUGCAGCGACCGUGUAAUGUGAGUUAAGACGUGGAGGCACCGAUACGCUUUUCUGGUCCGAGUUUGAUUCAUGAUAAAUUCGUGGAAUAUUACUGAGGUUAAUGCUACUGAGAAGUGUUUGAAAGGCUCAAAAGCAGCCAUUUGUUUAAAAAAAAGUCAAUAUGUUGAUAAAUUCCUAAAUUAACAAAAACAAAAAUUUUAAAAAUCAGUAAUCAGUUUUGGCCCCAAAAAAUCCAUAUCGGUCAGGCCCUAGUAAACAUGCUGAAUUGUCAUUUACAGCAGCUGUCUGAGGACAUUUGUGCAUUUGUCAAACAACUAUGCUUUGAAAUAUCAGUCUGAACCACUCCAGGUCAAGGGCCUUUUUUUUUAGUUGCUUGUAAAGUCGCUAUAUAUGCAGAGCUGAGAGUACUUUGCGGUUGCCUAACCCAUAAACUUCCUGUGACACAAUAAGGUUUCCAUGUCCCUCCUAAUCCUUGUAAUUUACCUUGUCACCAGGUUUAAGCCUUGUAGAGGUAACCAAAAGCCCGCAUAGCUCUUGAGCUUGGCAUAUGGCUGGUUAAUUCACCAGAGAUAGUGAGAUAAGACAAGCAUGUAUAGAAAACAAGAGGAAUUAACUAAACUGGAUUACGCCGUGGAAACAGAAACAAGUAACAGAUGCUGGAAGUCUGCUGAUGAGGGGAACUUUUACAGCCCAGAGUCUUUGAGAGUUUAGUGGCCGUCUUUACAUGCUUUGAUGCUCCCAUGGUGAAGAGAGAGAAAGGAGAGAGCAGGCGAGGGGACGCAGUCAGACUGAUUGAACCACAGAGUGAGACGGAGCAGAUCUGAGGACAGCUGUUUGAAUGUUCUUUAAAACAGAGAAGCAAAAUAAACGAAUGAACAGAGUCAAGUCCUCAUGCAGUGUGAGGUUUGCUGCAGUGUGCUGCAGCGACGGCACACAUGGCAGCACAGUGACCAGCUGAUGGCAGUGUUAUGGUGAUUACUGCAUUUGAGUCUUAUUAUUUACUGCUUUGCUUUCAGGUUGUGUGUCCUGAUUGCCUGUGGCCCGCCGCCUACAUCAUACAUCUUUUUUUUUCUUUUUUUUGCCAGUGCACCUUCUCGUUCCUAUGGCAACCAGCACCAGCAUAGCGAUCAAACAGCUACAGCAGCUUUUCCUAGCGGUUUGGGUUAAAGGAGCUCUGUGUGUUGCAUAUGACUUCAUCACUGUAUUUUCCUCUUAUGGUGCCCAGAGUUUAAAGCACAUGGCCAGUCAGGGAGCCUUACUCUCCUCUUCUUAUAUAAAAAAAGAAAAAAAACUGAGACACAUGAGUUCGUUAUUCAGACUUCUUUGUGUAAUCAUCAGUUUUCAAGCAAGUAAUGAUUAAAAAUAUGAUCCCCGAUAAAUGAUGGUUGGAGAAACACCUACACACAGUUUGGGAUUGUUGUCAAAAAUGCUCCCUGAACAGAUAAUUACAGCCUGAAGCAGUUUUGGAUGGGAGAAUAGCUGAAAAAUGAUGCUUGUUUACUUGAUGUGAGAAGAGAACUGUUCAUCUAUCCAUGACACUUAUCAGAUACAGCAAGUUGCAAAUUUAUACGAGAGUGUAGAAACAUCAAUCUCUCAGGAUAAAUCUUCUGGAGCUCCUGGUAUACUCAUUUAUACUAAGGAUGUCCCAAUCCAACUUUUUACUUCUGAUACGAUACCGAUGUUGUAGCCUUCAGUAUUGGCUGAUACAGAUAUUGAUCCGAUAUUGGUACAAACGUGUGCAUGACAAGUUUUGCACUCAGCUGCAGCGUUUUUCGGACUUAAACGAAAAAUACUGCCACACGGCCGACAUCACUCCUACUCCUCGCUACUUUGUUAGUACCUCAGUACACACUGUUGUUGUGAUUACGUGGGCUCUGCAUGCUGGAUCAGGGCGCUGCUAGCUAGAGGUGCUAGAGCGCCCUGGAAUGGACUGCUUACAACGGAGUGCUGAUAUCAGAGAUUUUAGAUGCAGGCCGAUAUAAUCUGAUAUCAUUUUUUUGCUGAUAUCAGAUUAAAUCCAGUAUCAAAAUCGGAUCGAGACAUCCCUAAUGUAUACUAAAGAGUUCUCUCUGUGUACCUCAUCCUGACUACAUCCCAAAUACAUGUUAAAUGGAGCUUCAGAGAAAAGGCCCAGUUAAUUUAAAUUAAAACAGCUGGAGAAAGAAGGCAGGAAGAACAAGAUGUGUUAAAGGAUGAAAGUGUGGCAGUCCCCACCUCUGAGUACUUCUGUGUGAAUGGGGCUGCCCACUCUCUCUGCAGGGGGUUUUCCUCCUACUUAUACAGCAUAAGUACUACAGAGGAUGGCAGAGUAUGUAAAGGAAAUAAACGGUUGUAACCAGCUGUGCAUUGUUGGAAACAUAAAUUAAAAGUGGAAAGUGGAAAGUGGAGUCAGAUUGAGAAACUUAAUGAUAUUGUGUUUCUUUGAACGUGUUUGCAAGAUAAUGCUGAAGGGUGAAAGAUAAGUCUUGACUACAUUGUGUUUGCAUUUGUACAAAUACUACAAUUUUGGUGGAUUAAAAUGCAUGAAUCUGUCUCAUGUACUGUAAAAAUUUACUGUAACUCUGUAGCACAAGAUUUACAGCAGCUUUUCAGUCUUUUCCACUCACUGUGUUUGUGUGUGUGUAAAACUUUAGCAGGCUAAACUCAGGAGGAGGCCUGACUCAGCAAAAGCUGUGAAAUAUUUAUGCGUCAGAGAUGUGACAGUAAUCCCGUCGUAAUCACAACAUGAAGCCAAUGAUGGUGAAGAAGAGGACAACUCUUUUUAUCCCAUCAGGGAUGGUUGUCUUUGAUUUGCAUGUCUCCUCUAGCAGACAGUUUUACUUAUUUAUAGAAAUAUUUAUGCCUGACUUGCAGUCCUACUGUCCUGAAAGCAUACGCCGUACACACACACACACACACACACACACACACACACACACACACACACACACACACACACACACACACACACACACACACACAAGGAGCAAGCCAACUGAGUUUGGCUGUGUGACAGUUAUUCUGUCUGGCAGGAGUCACAACCACAGAGAGUGACUCUCAACUAAAUUUACUGCAAAGUCUCUCCACAGACGGGCCCGUGUAGACGUCUGCUCUGAACCCAGCUCUGCUCUGCCCUGUGAGCUUCAUGCUGUUGCACCCAAAGUUUCAGCGAUGUGCGGAUGUGCUGAUGUUUGUUUAUGGUGGCCGCAGAGGUCGUUUAUCUUCAUCCCAGUGCUCAUGGAUCUUCUGUCAGACUUGGUCUGCGGUGUGUUUUGAGACCUUUACUGUAAUAUCAGGCAAUCAUCAGAAGCCAGUAGACCUUUUAAAAGUUUGUCAUGCUGUUACAGAUCCAGCACCUUCCCCUUAAUAAUUUACUGACAUUAAAAAAAAAAGGAAACAACCGUGUAAUAAUUAGUUCAGCAGGUGAAAGAGCUAAAAUACCGGCUUCCUGAUCCUCAUUCUUCACAUUUUAAGCUGAGCCUGUGACACAAAGGUGAUGAUUCAACCCUUUGGCAGUUUGUGAGGCUGUAUUUUUGUGGUGUGUGUGUUUGUUUUACAAGCUUUGUCAGUAUGAUUGCUUUCUUUCAUGGUCUUUAGCUCUUGAACACUUUGCCAGCUUUGCUUAUAAAUGUGACCGGACAGUGAGAUGACAGUCGGCUACCGUGGAAACCUUUUAAUCGCAAUAUUCAUGCGGCAACUCCGCAGAUAAUCAGCAAGUUUUUGAGGACUUCAGGUAGAAAUGCUGCUACUUAAUUUGCAAUAAAAAAAGCCUGAGCACUGGCGCUGCGCAGCUGGAGUCAACCUUUUACAACUGCACUCAUGUUUUAAAAAGAGUUGAAAAGGAAAGGCUGGUAUUUACGGAUGAAAAUCUUCUUGUUUUUGAGCAUAGGUGUGAAAUAAUGAAUGCAUACAGCAGGAAAGUGAAAUCACUUUGAGGCAGGGGUCUGUAGUUUAUAGUUUGCCAUGCUUAGGACGCUUUCACUUACAUUUUUAAUUUCAUCUGCAGGGCAGUGAAGUGAAGCCUGAGCCUUAAAUCCAUGCUGACACUGCUGAUUUGUUAAGCACUGACGAGCUGCUUUUGGAAUAUAGACGUUUACUUUAUCUCUGACCCCCAUUACCCCCCCCUUCCUCCCAACUCCAAAGGCAUAGUUAGUAUGCUUGCUGUGGCAGGAUGAGUGAACCCUGAUUGAUCAGUAUUGAUUAGCACUGUAUUUGUCAGACAGUAAUGGGCCUCCCCCUCAGGAUAUCAUGUCUGCUGAUUCCCAUUGCCCCCCUCCUCUGGCCUCACUUCACCCCUCUUUGCAUGUCCUACUUAUGCCCUUCCCCUCUGUUCUUGGGCCCCAUGACCUCUAAUCAAAGAGCACAGCCUCCUUUAUUUCCCCCACCCACACACCCCACAGACACACAUACACACACACACAAACACACACUCCCUCUUGUAGUCCAGGGUUAUUAUGUGGAGGCAGGGCUGAGAGGUUAAUGGAAAUAAAAUCAGAGUGUGUGCAGCAUUCUGUAUGCUUAUGAGUGCAGAAUACUGAAUAGAAACAUCGGACUGUUCUGAUAUGAUAAAAUGUAGGUUUCACAUCGCAGGUUUGGGUUUCACUCUGUGUGUGUGCGAACAUGUGUUCUCAUAUGUGUUCAUAGCGCAGAUGCGGUGCAGAAAGACUCGCCUCGGGCAUCUUCUGUUCAGACUCACAAACAAUAGACAUGUCUGUGAGGAUGACCUGAUGAGCAUGGAAAGGAUUAGAGCUUUUCAGUUACUACCAACACACACACACAGUUCAUAUUAAACACAAAAAGAUCAAAACAUCACUUCACAAUAUGGAAAAUCAGCACCAAAGUAUUCCAGAAAUGAAAAAAUGUAGAAUUCAAAGCAGUUAAAAAUGCAUAUAACCGAAGGGGAAAAAGCUUUUCCAUGUACCUUGAAUAAGAAAGUUAAAAUGACAGAAAAGACAUUGAAUUUAGUUCAACAAGUUUAAUCCCUUCUUGUUCUUUUUUCUUUCAGCGUCAAAGACUGAGCCGUCACUCCCUGUACUGUGACAUCAAAUAUCUGCUUCACCUGCAUACCGCACAGCUGGAGGCAAGGUACAUGUGACACCUUUAUAGUGUGUGGGUGUGUGUGUGUAGAAACGUACAUUUAUUAGUUCACUUUAAUCUGCAGUCUGAUCAUGUUUUAGAAAGGCUGUAACUCUAUUAUCAAGUUGUGUUUAAUAUUCCUAAUAUAGUAAUAAAGAAUUUCUCCCGUCACUGUGACGAUAAUCUGUAAGCUUGUCUUGCAGGCUGCUCAGAUGCCAUUUUGGUCUUUUUUUAUCUAGAGUCUAGAUUUGUAUCUCUAUUUUUGUGGUCUGUUGUGCGCUCAAAGUAAGAAUCUGUCCCAGUCACGUUGUCCCCACUUGUAAGUCUGUCUCUUUUUUUCUGGUCGCUUUAACUUGAACUUCCAGGCUUUUCACUCGUGGUGCAAAGACCUGAUAAAAGGUUAAUAGACUUGAUGACCCGGAUAUUUUUCUGCUUUGGAGGGGUGAGCCGUCUGCUCCGCUAUUUAGCAGAUAAAGCACUUCCUUGUCUGCGUUUACCGCAGAUAAUGAAAAGCAGGUCACUUAUCGUACACUCUUUUAUGAUGGAGAGCCGCUUUAUUCACCCAAUCAAAACACAGAGACUGCCAUCAAACAGCUGAAAGAAAAUUUAGCCGUUGAGUCUGCUAGGACAACUUCUGUGACAUUGAGAUAAACAUGAUGAGGUUGAUGAAGGAGGAUGGUACUGAUGUGGGUCUGCUAUGAUGAAAAUACAGCUGCUGUUGUUUGGUUUCAGGAAGUAGUUUGACCUGACGCUCAGCCAUUACUUGAAACUCCAGUGACUACAAAAGUAGACGCCAGAGUGAUGAGAUCUGUGUGUGUGUGUUUUAUGGCUUAAUGGCUGUAGCCUCUGUACAUGGAGCAUGUUUAAACCAUCAGACGAACACCCUGAAAUGCUUGUGUUUUGACAGUUUUAUAAACAUCAAGGGCUCCAGACUAACUUUUCUUACUAGGAGCACAGUGGACCCUAGCUUAUCAUUUUAGGGGUGCAAGCAGAUAAGUUAGGAGUGCACACCGAAAUCGAAUCACAAUGUCUUCCUAUCACAUUCAUUGUAUUAAUGACAAAUAUUUUGACAAUAAAUGUCAAAACUACAAGCUUUUAAACUAACAUUUUAUUGUGCAGUGGUUUUGACAACAGAAACCAGUUACACAGCUUAAUAAUACGUCUCCCUGAAAUAUCUCAGCCAAGCUAAUUCACGCAGCCACUCAUCACAAAAGCAGAAUUUCCUGGAUUUUUUGGCCAUGACCGUUUCCUCAGAAUCUGAGUUGGACUCAUUCUCAAGAUUUGUCUCCUCAGGAACAUUAUUUUUACUGGAAAGAAAGUAAGAACUGAUAGUCCUCUUCGCCACCGUUGUGUACAAAGGAUACCGGUUUAUGAAAUUUGUGAAUUUGCGUGGUAACCCCAAAGACCCACCUCUUUUCCUACAUUAGCCUAUCACAGUCAUCAUUCGUCCCCACGCUCUCACAUUGGGCACCCUUCUUCUUCUGUUUUCGUCUCCUUUCUUCUUUUUUUUGAGUGAAUGUCGGUUGGCAACUGAGCUCAUUUUUGCAUUACCACCAACUAGUAAGCUGAAGUGUGGAGCAUAUGUUUGUAAGCAACAAAAAAUAUUAAGUGAAAAAAAAAUCUGCAAAUUUACUGGUUGCACAGAAAAAUGUACUUGCACUGUCUCGGAUUUUAGUCGCAGUCUGGAGCCCUGACAUUACUACAGUACAUUCAAGUGUUUUAGAGUUUUAAUUUAGUAUCUGCUGCAAAUAGGAAUGACUUCUUUUUAGCCAUGUUGGGUGUGACCUUUGCGCCGUUUUGAUGAAGUAUAACACAGACCACAUCUCCAUAGCUGAAAACCAUAUAACAAAGUAAACUACCUACCCCCUUUGCAGCCACAGCACAGCAGUUUUUAAAACAGUUUGUUUCAUCUACGAACAUUAAAAAGCCUACGACUGUUCUUGUAAUAUCGCAAAAGUGAAUUUAUUACAUUUCUCGUCCAAAUCCAAAAAGACCUCCAAGAUCCAUGAAUCAUUUUUGACACGUCUCUACCUGGUUCGAUCGCCCCUCAUCAGUGGAAAUGAGGGGUAGUGUUGGAAAAGAAAACUUGUCUGCUGGCAUGUAUUUGAUUAUUUAACAGAAUUUGGCAAACUCAGAUUUGAACAUCAUCUUUUAAGUACUGCAGUGUAAGAAAAUUCACUUACUCAUCAGAACCUGGCAGUUUCUCCUCUCCACCUCCAUCUCCUCAACUCCUCCUUGUUUUCUCACCACCAUCCCUCUGCUUUUUUCCCUGCAGCCAAAUGAGUGAAUAAUAAUGAAUGUUGAUGUGGGCUGCGUGAUCUGUGAUCCACCAACUUGAUGCAAAACAGUCAGCCAGUCAUGUGGAUUCCUUGUGUGUUUGUGUGCGCUUCAAUCUUGUCUUCACAUACUUGUAAAACAUGUUCUGCUCUUUUCAUCCCUUGUCUUACCCUCCUACGCCUCCUUCUCUCCCUUUUUCGCAAGUAGCGCCAGUGUCAUGGGACAGCAGUUUGAUUGAUGGACAGGCAGACGGAAAUGACACUAGCAACAUCAGCGCGAUUCCGCAUAACAAUAUAGACGGAAAUCAGUGGAGACAAUGACAGCAGGGUCGGGAAAGUCUCGAGGAAACAACUGGGGAGGAGAGUGAGAGGGAAGGAAAGCAGGGUGACGGGGAGAGCAGUGUCUAAGUCAAACUCCGGUUUGAGGGGAGAGAUGUCGCCUACAGAUAAGCCAGAAAGACUGUAAGCCCAAUUUAGACGAGAGUCCCAGGCUUCUCUGUGUGUUUCCUUCCAGCUCAGUCCCCUGUUAUGUCACUUUUGUUUUCAGUGUUUCCUGUGGAGGUUUCUGUUUUAUUCAUGGGUAGGAGUCUUGACCUAGCUAGAACCGGAGACUCAAAUCCUUCGACACCAGGAUCAGUGAGUGAGAGUUUGUACGACCAUUAUUUGUGUUUCAGGUCGGAUGACGUCUUUUUACUUAAAUUAAAACCACAUACUAUUGAGUGUAACGGUCGCUUCCAGACAGUUGAAGUGAUAUUCCAGAGUAAAAUUAAUUUAAGGUCAAACACACCAUAACACCGAGUUAGACACCCCCUUGAGAGAUGAAUGUUGCCGACCGCUUGCUGCUCUAAUUAUACCAACUUAAGUAACGACCACAGGAUAGGUGCCAUAAACAAACCUCAACCAAAAUGCCACUCUGUAGCCACAAAUAAUGCUCAGAACAGCACCUAACUUCAUCAACAGUACAUAAAGGGUCGUAGCCAUAGUACUAGUCUCCAAACAUCUUUUUAACUUUGCUUAAUUUCUUUAGCGAAGAGACUAAACACAACUCAUCUACUCUCUUCCAGCAGCCGCUUGUUUGUAGCGAGACCUCAGGCCAGUCCAUUACGGACUGCUGCAGGGUGACGCAGCUCAAGGAAGAACAUUUAUGAUCAUUUCUUUAUCAUUUCCUUGAAGUAAAAAUCACCAUAUUAAUCAUUUUGCACUGCAGAUGUGGUAGUUCUUCUGCUUUAGCAUCUCGGUCUGAUUGCAUUUCCAUGAAGAAAUGAUCAUAAAUGUUCUUCCUUGAGCUGCGUCACCCCGCUGUAGUCCGUAAUUGAAGUAAGUGCUACAUUACUAAAGUUGGUAAAACUAGAGAAGCAAGUGGUCAGCAAUAUUCAUCUCUCGAGGGCGUGUCUAACUCGGUGUUACGGUGUGUUUAACCCUAAAUUAUAUUUACAUCGGAAUAUCCCUUUAAAAGCAGGAAUGUUUAAGGGAUAAUUUGUGAGAUGAAAACUGUUACACCCUGAUAAAAAUGUAGAUCCAUCCGCCACUCAUCAUUAUCACCAUAACAACAAAUUUGUUUAUCAAAUCUGUUGUUGUGGAUGGGAAAGCAGGUUGCCUCUAUAAUCACAUCAGGGAAAUGCAGAUCAUCACCAGCAGUCGUCCUGUAACCUCUCAGCGUGAGGCUCGCCAAUCGCUCCUCUUGACAGCGCAAAUAAAAGAUCCAGACCUGAACUUUACUCAACAUGUAAAGCACAUUUAAAUCCAUUAGAACUGUUGAAAGUCUAUUUGCAUGAAGUCUACAACAAGUCACAGGCCAGGUCCAUUGACCAUCGAAGGAUUUGUUUCAAUUUGAGUCCCCUUCUCAUCUCAAAUUCACACCCUAAAAGUGUCAUCUUUUGUGAAAGGCCCCCCUUUGAGGUCUUGAUCAAAACAGUUGGCUUGUUUUGUUUCCCAGGUCUUUGACUGUGUUGGACCCUUUCCCUGAGAUAUUAAAGGUGUAUACAUCCAAAGGCUUCUCUGUUUUGUUGUAUUUGUGCUGUUUGAGGAUAUCACCAGGUUAAAGGUUAAGACUUGUUUGUUUUUCUUUGUGACUCCAGUAAGUCAAGUUUGACAUUUUUUAGAGUGACGGCAGCCGAAUCAGAAAUCCACAGCUUUGUUUUUCAUUUCCUCUGGGUGACAGAAACUGGAAAGAAAACCGUACACGGUUUGCCAGCAGAACACACCUCACAAACAGUCUCACGUGGCCCGGGGAUAUUUUUAUGUAAGCUUGCGUCUCCAUCUCCUAACCUCUAAUAACCUCUGCGACAUUCGUUCCUUCGUGUGAUUUUCACUUCAGUGGCUUUUAACCUCGCAGUGAGUUUGUUCUGGUUGAGAUCAGGGUCAAGGCAGACCUGAUGGCAGCCCCACACGGUCUGUCCGCUCCUUCAGAAGAGACAGGGUGCCAUGAGAUCUGCCAGUGCUGUAUUGUGUUGUAUUACAGUGUCGUGCUCCUGUCUGCCAUCUGCCACUCAUAUGUACCACCAUCUGUUCAUCAAACCAGCCCAUAAACUUGUAAUCACUCUGGCAUUGCUGCUUAAUUUAAACAUUUAGUAGCUGCUGCUGAUGUUUUUUUAAGGAUGUUUGGAUGUGCAUUUUAUUUAUUUCUUAAUUUGAGUUUUUUCAGCAUGUUUUAAGAUCCAUCUGAGCUGCCUUGACAUACUGUAAACCGUAAUUGUCUGCAUUUUUUUCCAUCCUUUCACUCUUUUAGAUUUUCAGAAGCCGUAUGUCUCGAGCAUACAUCUUGUUGUUAGACUUUUGCCUGCUGAUUCACAUCCCCGCUUUAAUCUUCAAUGUAAUUAAACUGCUCUCUGUUUUGGCAACAGCAGGGACAGAAACAUAUGGCAGGUCUCUCGCUCUUCAUCUUUGAGCCUUUUUUACGUUCGUUACAGCUCCACACUGAUCGCAGGUCUGCCUGCAGCGGUCUGACAUGCCAGCAUGCAGCAGCUCCAGCAGGCAUCUCCUCCACAUCAAGCACCCUCAUUCCUCUGGAGCAGCACUCCUCCGCUAACUCUGUCAUUACUACCAUCUUACCAGCGUAAUUACCAUUUUGGUGUGUGUUUGUGGUGCACAGGCCAAGCCUGCGUCAUGCAAACCCGAUGUGAGCGUGUGGAGGGAGAAAUGGAGGGAGGGAGGAAGGGAAGAGGCAUGAAUGGGAGAGAUAGAGAGAGUCAAAACAUUGGGAGGGAUAUCCUACAGCUGACUAAUUACUAUAUGAGAGUAAUUAUCAGGCAUUAAAUGUCUACUCUUCAUCCUCUGAAGUCUGGGCCAAAGCUGUGUAUGUGUCUGCUCAGGUGUUACAUGAGAGGAAAAAUUAAUCUACAUCAUUAGAGGGAUUUUCCCUGGAUUAUAUUAUUGAAGCCACUCUUUGAAUUUGUCAUAUAACUAAAGAAAAAAGCACAUCACAGUUUUGAUUAAAGAUUUCAUUUGUUUCUGUAAAUCAAUACUCAAAGUUUGGGUCAUUAUGCGUCAUUUCUACUUGUUGAGGAGACUUUUGAAUUUGGUUUGAAGCUUCUGAAGAGUUCAGACUUUUGAGUUGAGACAGUUGUGUUUCACACAUUGAUCAAAAGUCUGAGACCGCACUUCCAUGCAUGAAUCAGUAUCGUAACUUUGACAGUAAAUACGUCUCUCUGAGCAAUUACAGACAUCUUGGCAGGCUUGUAGCAUAUUAAAUCCAUCUCUUCCUGUUAAUGAUGUCUGUUGCUUGUAAUAACUUGUUACUCUGGUACUUUUAACAGAUGGCUGAGGGAGGUCUUACUGUAUUUAGUUUCUUUCUUGGUUACAAGUGAUGCACAACACUGCGGUUGUGGCAUUAGUUUGUGUAUGAAAAUCUCAAACAAAGACGGCUAAGAAUGAACUUAAGAUGUGAUAAUGCAUUUAGCAGACUGGUCCAUUGCUUGCUAAUACAGGACACUAAAAUGGUAAAAAUGCAGCCUAGCAGCAUCGUCUGUUUCCUAAAAGAAUUCAGCAAAAUCCUGCUUUCUGUGAUUUGGUAGAUACCUCAAAGUUUACCUUAAAAACUCUGUUUUACAAGGAACUGCUGUUUGAGUUCAGUGAUUAAUCCUCACAUUGACUUCUUAUCCUAACCAAGGAUUUGAUAAACAGUGAUGGUUCCUAAAAGUAACUAUCUUCAAACCACUACUAUAUCCUUGGUUAGUUUAAGGCAUUUAUUUUAAGCACCCUAAACACAGAGUCUCGCAGAGCUGCAAACUUUUUCGUCUCGUUUUAUUGGAGUUGCUUCAGGGCGAGAAACUUUUAUCCCACUGGAAAAACUCGAGACAGUUUAUCCUGUCUAUUAAGUCCAGUCAGCUCUGUUUCUCACUGAUAGGCUGUGACAGAGGUCACUUGCAGAGAUCAGACCACUCUCCCUUUGCCUCCUCCAUCAGACCCCUUCAGACACAUAAUGAAGCCAUUCUGCAGCUCCUGCAGCUGGGCCCGGAUAAUCUGGGAUUGGGCCUGAUAGUGGAUCACAGGACAGCCCUGAGGAUGAGGACGGACUCUGUCGAAAAGCGUGAUAAGAGCAGGAGUCAUUUGCCUGGAAGUGUCUUUAGAUGUCCUCAGACAAAGACAUAAUACAUUUCCACAUCUGUGCGACUAUAGGGGGAUUCUGUUUGCUGUGAAUGAGUUCUGUUGAUGGUGCUCGUGUGCGUGUACGAGGGAAUGAGUAAUGCAGUCUUGCAGCCAAAAACUGAAUUCAGCGAGGACUCAUAAAAGGCGCUGUGUAUCAUAAAACACACACAAACCACUCUGAGCUGCCUUGACACAAUGAAAAGCUCGACUCUAUGCAAAUUGGACCUCAUAAAGAGAUAGUUACCCCAGGAGUCGGCAUUUGUAGAACUCACAGAAACUCAGGCAGCUGGAGAAAGACAAGCAAAGAUUUGUCCCCUCAACAAAAAUGUUCCUCGUGUAGACUCGGUGAACGCAGUAAAACUCACUGAAAAUAGGUUUCAUAGAUAAUAAUUAAGUUUUAAAAAACUAUUGAAGUGGAAAAGCUUAAACAAGAAUGUCCCAGAGUUUUUACAACGCCUUCAACCUCAUUCAGUAUUUGUCUGUAAUUGUAAGUAACAGAAAAUAUUGUUUAUGUACCUCAAAUUUUUGUCAUGAAUACAACAGAAACAGCAGACAACACUGGCUACAGUCUGUUCGAUGCACCAGGCUGUAGAGAUGGAAGUAGGGCUGGGCGAAAAAACAAUAUAUAUGUUGAAAUUAAUUUCCCUCAAUAUCGGUAUAAAACAUGGUCAAUAUGCUUUUCAGUAGUCGCCAUUCUCUUGUGCAACACCUUAACAACAAAACGUCAAAGAGACACAAAGACCUCACAGGUGCAGUAGCUUAUUUUAUUGCAAAAGACAUGCUACCAAAAAGCACUGUUAAAUUUUAAUUUUUAUAUCGUGAUACAUAUCGAGAUCGACUGAUAUAAAAAAAAAUAUUGUGAUAAACUUUUUCCCAUAUCGCCCAGCCCUAGGUGGAGGUUUUCUGGGGUUGAAACAAGAUGUCUGAGGGAAAACUAAAUCAAUGCCUCUGAAAUGAUCAUUGAAUCUGAUCCCAUCUUUUGACUGAACAGUAAGAACGUCUUGAAAAGGUUGUUGGUUUUUAAGACUCGCUGCAGCCUGAAUGUCACAUCACAGCACACAGUUGUGGUUCACUGAGCAAUGCUCCGCUCUCCUCCUUGCUCUCUCUUGACUUUACCCAACACCACUCUAUUUCUGGAAUUUACCCUACCUCACCUCUCCAGCUGUUGGGUCACUUCCUGCCUUUAGCCUUUUCUGCCCCCUUGUAAAAGCUCAUACUCAUCUUCACAUCUUAAAGUCAUUGGGCUUCACUCGAAAUAAAACACCACCGUCUGUGUCAGGGAGCAGACAAUAGAGCUUAAAUGGUCCUUAUGUUUACUCUCUGCACUGAUGAUAUUAGCUGAAGUGUUUCAGGGUUUUAAUCUGCAGCAGAGCAGCCGCAGUGUUCCUGUCCUGUGGGUGUAUGAGUGUUUGUGCAUGUGCGUGCUCACACAGAGUGUGUGAUGAUAAUAAUAUCCCUUGUCAGCCUCCUAAAGAUUAGCCACAACGGGAGAAAUCCUCUGUCACAUCCCCUCACUUUAUUUUCCCUCCCACUCCGUCUUAUCAGCCUUACGCUAUUUUAUAGCUGACUUACUCGCUCUUUUCUGGAUUUAAUACUCAGCUUCUUUUUACACCUGUGGAGAAAAAUUGGGUCACACACUUACAGAUGAUUGAGAGAAGUAUUUUAAAUGAAGUCAGCAUUGGUUUCCCUUUUUAGAGCUGAUAAUCGGAGCUGAUUUGUUUGUAAUGGUGUUUUUUCUUUUGUCGUGUUUUCACAGAUCUGCAGAAAUAGAAGAAAGGGACUGA